ACUCGGCCCCGCCGGCGAGGCGGACGGCCUCUCUUUCCUACCGCCUUCCCCGGCUAUGAUCCCUACCGGUAGUUAGUAAGUUUGUCCCUCACUCUCCUAAGGCGGCCCUGCUCCUAAUGGCAGCGGCGGCGGCGGCGACUCUGACAGCGGCCGACCCUCCUUCCGCUAUGCCGCAGGGGGCAGGGACCGGAGGGCCCACCGCCCGCCGAGACUUCUACUGGCUGCGUUCCUUUCUGGCCGGAGGUAUUGCUGGAUGCUGUGCCAAAACAACAGUUGCCCCAUUGGAUCGAGUAAAGGUUUUAUUACAAGCUCACAAUCACCAUUAUAAGCAUUUAGGAGUAUUUUCUGCAUUGCGUGCUGUUCCUCAAAAGGAAGGAUUCCUUGGAUUGUAUAAAGGAAAUGGUGCAAUGAUGAUUCGAAUCUUUCCCUAUGGUGCAAUCCAGUUUAUGGCAUUUGAACAUUAUAAAACGUUAAUUACUACAAAGCUGGGAGUUUCGGGUCAUGUGCACAGAUUAAUGGCUGGAUCCAUGGCAGGUAUGACAGCAGUUGUCUGUACUUACCCUCUUGACAUGGUUAGAGUUCGCCUAGCAUUCCAGGUGAAAGGGGAACACACCUAUACAGGAAUUAUUCAUGCAUUCAAAACAAUUUAUGCAAAGGAAGGUGGUUUCCUUGGAUUUUACAGAGGCCUGAUGCCUACUAUAUUGGGAAUGGCUCCAUAUGCAGGUGUUUCAUUUUUUACUUUUGGUACCUUAAAGAGUGUUGGGCUUUCCCAUGCUCCUACCCUUCUUGGCAGACCUUCAUCAGACAAUCCUAAUGUUUUAGUUUUGAAAACUCAUGUAAACUUACUUUGUGGUGGUGUUGCUGGAGCAGUAGCACAGACAAUAUCUUAUCCAUUUGAUGUAACUCGUCGGCGAAUGCAGUUAGGAACUUCUCUGCCAGAAUUUGAAAAGUGCCUUACCAUGCGGGAUACUAUGAAGUAUGUCUAUGGACAGCAUGGAAUUCGAAAAGGAUUGUAUCGUGGUUUAUCUCUUAAUUACAUUCGUUGCAUCCCCUCUCAAGCAGUGGCUUUUACAACAUAUGAACUUAUGAAGCAGUUUUUUCACCUCAACUAAAAAAAUAAUAAUAAUAAUGAUUUGUCUUCCUUAAUAAAUUCUGAGAGGGAGAAAUAAAAUGUGGGGCAAACAUUACUUGAAGCAGGAUAUUUACCCUGUCACAGCAACCACUGGUAUUUUAGUACUUGAUUUUUUUUCUUUGUUACUUACAAAUCAAAGUGCUUACCAUUUUUUUUGAUGCCAAACAUACCUUAGAACACUGAAAAAGUAUUCCUAAGCUGAUGCUUGCUAAACAAUUGGGUUAUUUGAAAUAAAAAUUUUUGAAUUUUAUUUGGAAGAACUAACUUCAAAACAGUGUUCAAGAGGUUGCCAUUAGCUUUAUUAUGCUCUUCCUAACUUUUAAUUGUAAUCAUGAUUUUUAAAAGACUCUAACACUGUUUAUUAUUAAAAUAAGCAUGCUUGGUUAUAUUGCAGAAUGAUGAGAACUAAAUUUUUAAGUUCUAUAAAACAGCCAGGAUUGAAGUAUUAUUGUCUUUCUUAUAAUUUUGCUCCACUAUAUAAAAGGACACUUUUCUCUUUAUUUUUUAAAAUAAAAUUAAUGUUGUAUUUAAAAAUUAACCAUGGAGAGACUCAAAGAAUGAAGAGAGGCUGGAUACAAUGGCAUGUACCUGUAGUCCCAGCUACUCAGGAGGCUGAGGCAGGAGGAAC